AUGAGCAGCCUGGACGCAGCUGCCAUUAAGGGGCAGGCCUACCCGAAUCUUGCCGUUGUUAUACUUCUCGCUAUCGGAACGCUACUGAUGGUAAUAACAAGCAUUUCUGCGCCAAUCCUGAGCAGCGUCAAGAUGUUUCGCCUCACCUCCAACGUUAAUGGCAUCAGAAGAUACGUCGAUGUCGGCUUAUGGGGUUAUUGUGUGGUACCAGCCACCCCAGGAGGAGGUUGUUCAAAGCCUAUCGUAGGCUUUGUCUUGAAUAGCGCUGUCGCCAAUGUGCUCAUAUCCACCCUCCUUUGCCUCAUAUCUUUGAUGCUGCAAAUCAGCGUGGUGGCUGUAGCCAAUGCGAGGGUGUAUGCAAUCAGUGAUUCUUCAAAUGAGAGUCUACAGUUCUCAUGGGGUGGCACCCAUGCGAUUACGCCUGGCCAGGAUAGAAGCCCAAGCUGA